AUGACUACUUUUGGUUUUAAUUGGAGUCUUGACCUGUCGAAUACCAGAAUUGAAGGUGAGAUUCCAGCUGCUAUAGGGAAUGUGUCUUCCUUGAAGAGUCUUGACCUGUCGAAUACCAGAAUUGAAGGUGAGAUUCCUCUCUCCAUAGUCAAUCUCUCUAAACUUGUUUCUUUGGAGCUGUCCUACAACAAGUUAACUGGGGUAAUCCCACCUUCAUUGGACUCACUUUCUUCCCUUGUUAGUCUUCACCUUUAUGCCAACGAACUGAAUGGUAUGAUUCCAUCUACAAUUUCAAAUCUUGUUCACUUAAGAAGAAUUUGGCUCGACUCCAAUAGUUUAAGCGGCCUCAUUUCCCUUUCCGUAUUCGAUAAUCUAACUAGACUUAAUGUCCUGCAUCUUUCUCACAAUCACUUAACUGUAAACAUUGACUCAACAUGGAUUCCGCAGUUUAAGCUUUCCUUUUUGGGACUAGGUUCUUGCAAUUUAGAUAGAAUUCCAUCGUUUCUUGUGACCCAAUAUGACUUGGAAUAUCUGGACCUAUCUGCUAACAGUAUCCAAACAAAUAUUCCAUCUUGGAUAUGGAACUUACCCAGCCUUUAUAGUUUGAACCUUAGCUGUAAUCAAUUAACUGGGUCAUUGCCAUCUAGACUAACCUUACCCAUGUAUUUUGACUAUCUAGAUUUGCACAAUAAUAGCUUAGAAGGUGCUCUUCCUCUUCCUUCUGCUGGUGCUUCUCUGCUAGAUCUGUCGAUGAAUCAGUUUAAUGGUUCUAUUCCUAGUCACAACGGUGCGUAUCUUGAAAAUGCAAGGUUCUUAUCCUUGUCGCGGAAUAACCUCAGCGGAGCGAUUCCAGAUUCUAUUUGCACUCCAUAUUUGCAGGUUCUUGACCUUUCAAAAAAUACGCUGAGCAGUGUCAUUCCUCCUCAUUUAACCAGGAAUUGUUCUUCUCUUAGUGUUCUAGAUUUGGCAGAGAAUCAUCUGGAAGGUAAAUUGCCAGCAGAGUGGGGCAACAUUACAAACAUGCAUACAUUGAAGCUCAAUUGUAAUCAUUUGAGAGGAGUUAUUCCCUCAUCCAUUUCAGAAGGCCGAUCUCUGCAAGUAUUGGAUUUGGGAAAUAAUGAUUUGGAAGGCACCCUUCCCCACUGGAUUGGAAAGCUAUCACAGCUGCAUGUGUUGGUCUUAAGGUCUAAUCAUUUUCAUGGCAGUAUCCCACGCCAGGUAAUUGGCCUUCCGAAUCUUCAAAUUCUGGAUCUUUCUGGCAACCACCUUUCAGGAGCUAUUCCAAGCAACCUUACAAACCUGCUUGCAAUGGUCAAUGCAUCGCAGAAUAAUUCAAACCAUCUCGAAGAAUACAGUUCAAGUGGUGCUACAUAUACAAAUCAGAUCAAAAUUUCCUGGAAAGGCUGGGAUGUUGAAUUUGUGAAAGUUCUCUUUAUUCUUAAAUGUAUUGAUCUUUCAAACAACAGUUUAUCAGGGAGCAUUCCUUUUAAAAUGGGAUCUCUUCAAGGCUUGAUAGCCCUUAACCUUUCAAGGAAUCAUCUCAGUGGCCGAAUCCCAAAAACAUUGGGACACAUGGAACAACUAGAGUCUCUGGACCUCUCGCUAAACAGGUUGAAUGGCAACAUUCCCUUAGAACUUGAGUUCCUGAGUUAUUUGGAGUUCUUGAAUCUAUCUUACAACAUGCUUGAUGGAAAAGUACCCCAUGGAGGACAGUUCCUAACUUUUGGGGAGUCGUCCUACUUAGGCAAUCUUAAUCUACGUGGGAUUCCAUUUACCAAUAUAAGCGUCUGCAACAACUCUUCUGGCUAUGGCAACUGCACAAGUAUUGAGAGAAUUGGUGAAGCAAAGAAUUCAGAUGGUGAAAUGAUAGGAUGGGCAGUCGGACUUGGAUUGAGUUAUGGUUUGGGAUUCUCUGUUGUGAUUGGAGUAUUGACUUUAAAUAAGAGGGUGAGAAAGAGAGCCUUCGAUUUUUAUGAUGUUGUAAUUUUAGCUAUUGAUGGGUGUAUAAGAGGUUAA